AUUUUGUUCACAUACCACUUUGCAAUCCCGUUCUACAGGACUGCAAGAAGCAUCAUGGAGAGUCUUGUAGAAAACGGUGCUGGGCAACUCACCAUCCACAAUAUCCAGCCACCCACAAAGACCAGUCGAGCACCGACAGGCACGUUGACUGCGGAGGACAAGGCGAACCAGAAACGUCUCGCAGAGGCACGCAAGAAAUAUGGACGAGGUCGACCGGUCCGUCUGAACGAGGUCAAGGACAAGAAACUCCGUGCCGAUCUCAAAAGGAUCGAGAACAAGUACCGAAGCGCAGUGCUGAACGCAAAAGAUGCAGAAAUUCUCUACGAGAACCAAGAAGGUUUCUUGCAGCCCGAGGCAGAGCUCGAGAGAACGUACAAAGUCAGACAGGAGGACAUACUCGACGCCGUUGGGAUCCAACAGGCCAAGAAGUCCAUCGAAUUCAAACUCGACCUCGGACCGUACGUGGCCGACUACACACGAAACGGGCGCAGCCUCCUUCUCGCCGGACGAAAAGGGCAUGUGGCCACGUGCGAAUGGCGAGCAGGGAAGCCAGGAUGCGAACUACAUCUCAACGAGACCAUAAGAGACGCCAAGUGGUUGCACAAUGAUCAAUACUUUGCCGUGGCGCAGAAAAAGCACACGUACAUCUACGACCACGCCGGGGUCGAGAUCCACUGUCUCAAGACAUACGUCGAGACCACACACCUCGAAUUCCUCCCCUACCACUUCCUCCUGGCUGGCAUCGAGAACAGCGGCUUCCUCCGCUACACGGAUACCUCGACCGGGCAGAUCGUAGCGGAGCACCCGACACGCAAGGGUGCACCCACCUCACUGGCCCAGAACCCCUACAACGCCAUCCUCCACGUCGGACACCAAAAUGGCACUGUGUCGCUGUGGUCCCCCAACUCGACGACGCCGCUGGUCAAGAUGCAGUCGAACGCCGGGCCCGUGCGAUCCAUCGCCGUCGACCGGUCCGGCCACUACAUGCUUUGCGGCGGCCAGGACCUCCGCCUGAAACUGUGGGACCUCCGGGCGCUGAAGGAAGUGCACUCGUACACGACCAGGCAACCCGCCACGACCAUCGACAUCUCCGACCGAGGUCUGGCGGCCAUCGGCAGCGGCACGGGCGUGACGGUCUGGAAGGACCUGUUCACCGCCUCCUCGACGACGCCGGACCAACCGUCCAAGGUCCAAUCCCCUUACCUCAACUGGGGCCACGACGGGCGGCGCGUCGAGCGCGUCCGCUUCUGCCCGUUCGACGACGUCCUCGGCGUCUCGCACGCCGACGGCUUCAGCAGCGCCGUCGUCCCGGGCGCCGGCGAGGCCAACUACGACGCCCUCGAGGUCAACCCUUACGAGACGCGGAAGCAGCGGCAAGAGACCGAGGUCAAGUCCCUCCUCACCAAACUCCAACCCGAGACCAUCGCGCUGGACCCCGACUUCAUCGGGACGCUGGACCGGCGAGGCGCCGAGCAGAGGAGGCGCGAAAAGGACCUGGACGCGCCGCCCGAGGACCCGCUGGCGAGGCUCAAGGAGCGCAACCGCGGCCGCGGCAGGAACAGCGCCCUGAGGAGGCACCUGAGGAAGAAGGGCGGCAAGAACGUCGUGGACGAGAAGAGGAUGCGCCUGGAGGAGAUGAAGAAGGAGCGCGCCGAGAAGGCGAAGAACAAAUUGAUCGAGGACAAGGUUGAACUGGGGCCUGCUUUGGCCAGAUUCGCCAAACGAGGAGCAUGAGUGUGUUACGUACCCAGCUAUUUAGGUACGUAGAUGAAUUAAGAUCCCUUGAUAUUUCAGAAGUGAUAUAGAGAGGUCUUCUUUCAGUAUCUUCG